UUGGGUCUCGUCUCGCUACGGUCCUACCGCGGGCCCGGCUGCUUGUGGGUGGUGAGGGUGGGACAGAACACCUUCCUCCGCGGCCUAGCGGCGCCGGGAAAACAAACUCGGUGGCCACCUGGGCCGAGCGCCCGACAGGGCCUCCGGCGCCUCGCCUCGGGCCGGUUCCGGGUGUCUGGUCAGUCUCAGGGCCUUUGGAGAUGGGAUUCUUGGGUCACAUACUUAAGCUUUGAAAAUGGGAGACGGCACAGUUUUGCUUUUCCUGGAGACAAGGUCAGUUCCAAGGUCUUUAUUCUGGGGUACUGGAAAAGAGCCAGAACUUUGGAGUCGGGUUGCCUAGUGGAUUCUGGCCUCUGCUACUUUGUGACUUUCUCCCAAUCCCUUAACCUUUCUGUGUUUUGCUAUUUUAGGGGAUAACGAUAUCGCCUAACUUACUGGAUUGUCGUGAGGAGUAAAUGGCUUCAUUUGUGCAAGGUGCUUAAAAUAGUACCAGGCACGGGGUAAUCUGCACAGUGUAAAGAUGCUUUUAUUAUUACUGUUGCUGUUUCUAACUAGGACAGCACUUUCUCUUCAGUGGCUAGCCCUGGUACUGGCUGUUGUCUUUUGAAUUUUAGUGCUGUUUACCAGUUCUCUUUGUAAUGGAUAAUUUCUGUAUUUUAGGAGGGAAAAUAAAACGUUCUGGAGAAGAGCCUGUCCUAAAGGAAAAAUUAAAAGUGGUUUGUGUAGUGUGUUGUGGUGCUCGGACUCACAGAGUUUUAAAAUCUUGGGGAUACCUUUUUUUAGGGGGAGGAGGAGCUUGAGAAACAGGAGGAGCAGCAAGAGGUAUCUUAACAGUGAAGAAGCAUAAGGACCCUGGUGUGAGCUGACAUUGCUGUUUUGCUUGGUGCUUCGACCUGCCAGCUUUCUGACCCUCAGCAAGAAUCCUCACCUGCAUAAGGAUCGCAUGGAUGGAUGAUAGAUAUGAUUGAUAGGUAGAUAGGUAGAUUGGUGGUAGAUUUAGAGAUAUGUAGAUCUGACACUGAGUCACACUAACAUCCUUUGUUCUUUUUACAGGUUUUCAAGGCUAAUAUUGACCAUAUAUAGUUUACCAUUGUCCUUGAAUUGACAUCUCUUGCAAUCUUUGAUAAUCCUUUCAUCUGCCUCCUUUUUCUUGGAGAAUUUGGAGUUUUUAACAUUCUCAGGACCUACAGGGAUCCCUGUAGCAUUCUUUUUUCUAUUUGUAACUUAACAAAAGACUAAAGACCAUGUCUUUGGUUUGCUUAUUUGACAAACGCAGUCCUGAUUCUUUACCCUUGUAUGCUGCCCAGUUGGGCUGAGACUCCAGGUAGGACAAGUGAUGAAACAUGAGUGGUUGAAAAUGACUUUUAAGAAUAUACCAAUGUUCAUUUUCCUCCCUACACCCACCCCCUUUAAUCUCGGGUUUACCCUUACCUCCCUUGACCCCACUGAAAUGCUUUGGACUGUAUUUAGGAAAGAAAAGACAGGAUUUUGUGUAAUAUUUAAGAUUAUAUUGGGAAAGGUUUAAAUGCAGGUCAGAGAAAAACUUCAACUCAACUGCAGUAGUCAGCCCAUCAGCAGCAGUCAUUUUGAGUCAUUUUCACGUGUGGUUUUCCUGCCUCUCCCUCUCCUUCACUUUCCUCUCUCCCCAUCUGUCCUUCCCUACCUCCCUUCCCCUCCUCUUCCUCCCUUCUUUUCUUUCUUUCAUUCAUUUUACAGCAAACUGGAGGCCAAGACAUCCUAACAUUUAUCUGCAAGCAUGUCAGUGCUGAGAUAGGAACUUUAAUUUAGCCGCACUGUCACAAUAAACAGAAUUGACGGCAGCUCUUUAAUCCUGUGUUCAUGUUUUCCUGAUUGACCCACAGAUGUCUUUUUACAGUCUGGGGAUGUUGUUUAAACUGCAUGGUGUGUAUUGAAUUGCUGUCUCUUGUGAUCUACAAUAGUCUUGCCUUCCCUUUGCUUCCUGUUUAAAACUCCAUUUAUUUAUGGGAGAAUGUGCAUUUUCAUUAUUCUCGCAUCAAUUGCUUUAUUCUACUGAUACUUAAAAACAACCCUUUAUCUUUAGCUUCUUAGUUCUCGCACUUGGCUGCACUUUGGAUCACACCAGUAGGUUGUCAAAUACGGAGGCCUGUGGCCCACCCCAGCAGCUUGUCCAGUUGACCUUGGCUUCCCAACUGUCAGGAGGCUUUAAAAGCUUCCCAGUGAUUCUCUUAUGUAGCAUAGCUUUACUUUUUUUUUUUUUUUUUUUUUUUUUUACCUGUACUUGAGUUCUUGGAUCUAGAGUUGUGAUUAAAUUUAGGUCUGCUUACUUGAGAAAAAAAUUAGGAGUAUCCCAGAUCUCUUGUGACAGCUAAUAAGGAGGAAGUAUUUUCUAACAGUUUAUGUAAUAUUCAUCCAGGUGUGAUGGUUCACACCAGUAAUCUCAGCUCUUGGGAAGUGGAGUCAGAAAGAUUGCCAUGAGUUCAAGACAGCUUGGGCUAUGUGGUAAACUCAAGGCCAUCCUGGACUGGGGUGAGACUCUGCCUUAUAAAACCAAAAGAAAAAAGCACAAUUAAGUCAAGGUUACUUAACUUCCAUCUGUCAUCUGUGCUGUCCCUUGAACUGUAGGAAGUUGGAAUGAGAAAUUCAAAUGGGCACAGACUUGGAAAUAUCUUUUCCCUUAGUAACUCUCCCAGCCUUAUUCAUUCUGAUCUCCUUCUUCCAAUGGGUAAAGAGGAGUGCACUGACAUCUCGGUGUACUCAGAGAACUUUGCAGGCAGUUCUAGCUUAAAAUCUCAAUCCUUCUGAUUCCAAGGAAUCAGGUCUUCCAUCCCUUUUAGGAAGCCCAGGUCUCAGUUCUGAGAAGCUGUGAAAAACUGAGACUGGUUAAUAUGUGGCAUUUCCAAGUCAUGCAGCUGAUAGUGGUGGAAGAAGGGCUUCCAUAAGUGUCUUAUUUCACUGCCCAUGUUCUAACUCAGGUGGGAUACUCAGGCAACCUUCUUUGGCAUAGGUUAUGCCCACUUCAGCUCCCUUGUGAGGCACAUUGGACAGCCACUGAAUGCUCAUUUAACACAGCUUUUGAGAUUCCACAGUGAAGGAAAAGGAGGGGUACCUUUUUUUUACUCAUUCUGCAUGGGUCAGAUAUCUCCAGCACAUCCGCUCAUCCAUCUGCUGUCUGUUGUCCAACCAUGGGAAACAAGCAUGCCUGCCUGUGUGCUGUGGAGGCAGCCUUUGUCCUUACCUUCUUAACCAGUCGACUACCUCCUCUGGUUUCUAAGUUUCCUGUAAGUUUAGAACACGGAGAUGAGUCAGCAUGUUUUUUAGUUUUGAAGUUUACAGUAUGUGUGUGUGUGUUGUAUGUUUAUGUUCAAAUGUGUGUGCGUUUUAUAUACUGGUACACAUGUGUACACAUGGAAGCCAGAGAUCAGUAUUGAAUGUCUUCCUCUAUUGCUCUCCACCUUUAUUUUUAUUUAUCUAUGUUUCUGAGACAGGUCUCUCACUGAACCUAGAGCUCACCAAUUAGGCAAGAGUUAGCCAUCAAAUCUAGGGAUCCUGGAGUCUCUAGCUCCCCACUGUGAGAAUUACAGGUCCGCUCUCAAUUUCUCUCUUCAGAGGUAUGAGGUGUUCAGAUCCAUUUACAGAAUGUCCUUUGGAAAGCUUAUUGUAGGGUUCAGAUUUCCUAAUUACUCUGGCAAAGUACCUAACAAUAUAACUUAAAGAAGGGUUAUUUGAAGAUACUGUCUACCAUAGAGGGGAAGUCAGAGGCAGAAGGCUGGGGUGGCUGGUCACAUUAUGUCUGUAAUCAGGAAGCUCUACUUUGUACUUUUUAUUAGGUCUAGGACCUUACUUAGCCCAUGGAAUGGUACUACCUAUAUACACAGUGAGUUUUCUUACCUUAGUUAAAGCUCUCUAAAAAUGCCCUCACAGAGUCUAAGUGAUUCUAAACCCUGUCACGUUAUCAAGAUUAACUUGUGAUCAUUAAGACAUCACUUAGAUCAUAACGUAUUAACCCUGGCCCCUAUAGUCACAUUCAUCUCAUAAUGUAAAAUGUGUUUUUGUCUGUCUCCAAAUGUUCAUAUAGUAUUUAGCAGUCCCAACACUAUGUAAGUGCAGAGUCUUCUCUGCAACUCAGGCAAUCUCUUAACUGCGAGCUCCUGUAAAAUAAUACAAGUAGUAUGCUUCUAAUGUACACUGGUACACAGUAAACAUUCCUAUUCCAAACAUGAGGAAUGGGAGCAUGGCAGGGAGAGAUUGGACUAAAGCAAGACUGAAACUCAGGAGGAAAACACCAAGUCCUACACGUCUGGGGCUCCUGAUGGGAUCAUGGGCUUAACAGCUAUGGGCAGCUCUAGCUCUCCACUCUAAUGUCUACAGCACAUGUGACCUCUCUGUUCCAGCUCUACUCUGUGCCUUGGCUUUUCUCAGCAGAUGGCCCAUGAUCCUGGCAUCUCCUGUAUUUUGGAAUCUCUAUUGCCAUUUAGGCUCUAAAUCCCCAGCUUCAUGCAAUGGUCUUCUUACGGGAAGUCUGACCACCUCACAGCCUCGUCGGAGGGUCUUUCUGGAAUUGUGCAAGCCUCCGUGACCCCCUUUUAUACCUUUCAUGCUUGCAAAACCAGUACUACGUAGAUGAUUCUUUCAAGUAUUGCUUGCUUGAAAUGUAGCUUGAUUCCUUUAUACCAUUGUUGUAGUGGUCUCCCUGUGCCUCUAAGGCUAGUGGGGGAGGGGGACAGCAUAUAUCCAUAAGGCAGCCAUUUUGACUCAGUAAACUCUUGUGAUGUUCUCAGUUUAGGUUCUCCCUUUUAAAUGAAUUUCACAAGUUAGGAUUUGGAAUGGAGUGGAUGGAUGGGGUCUUGCUCUCAGAGAGCUUUCCCUAUUUUCCAGAUGUAGAAAACAGGAUUUAUCUUUCAAUUAUGAUGUGUGUGACAAUUACAGAAGCUCUGCCUGUCUACACCAUUAUUUCAUUACACUAGAACACACUCCUUUCCGGAAGAAACCACAUUUUUCAAAUAUGUUUGGUUUCUCUGCUUAUUGAUUUGAAUAAGAGCAGUGAAUACUAGUCAUGCCAUGGCCUAAAUCCUCUCCUGUUUGUAAAUUUUUUCUGCCAAAUAAAUUAGUCUGAUAUAUUUUUAAUGCAGUCUUAAGUUCUCAUGACAUGGACUGAAUGCAGCCAGAUUCUUUGCCAGGAUGUAAAUGUAAACAGAUUCUAUUCCCGUUCCUGAAAAGGUCUGUAUUCCACUCUGAAACCCCAUCAGCUAGGCUUCCACUGCUUACAUGUUUCUGGCAUUCUGGAAUUACCAAAUCUUACCAGAAUGGCCUACUAAACUUUACUUCCAUCCAUCUAGGGCAUUAGCCUACAGCUCCAAACUCUGGCCUUCCUCUCCAUAAACCAGUCCAUAGAUAAGAAACACACGGUCAAGUGUGUCACAGCAGCGGCCUCUCUUCUCGGGUCUAGUCAUGUCGGGUACUUUGUCGCUGCCAUGACAAAGCCCUCAACAGGAGCAAGCCUAGCAAGGGCUUCUCUUGGUUGGCAGUUUGACCGCGCAGUUCAACAUGGCGGCAGCGACUCGCGUUCUGACUGUAGUCGGGCAGCAGAGAUGAAUGCUGCUGUUCCACGGGCGCUCUCCUUUCUGUGUGGGACCGGAGCCCGUGGAAUGAGGCCACCCACGGUCACGGUGGAUCUUCUGACUUAAGUUUAGCCUCUCCAGAACACCCUCACGGAUAUUCGUAGUUGAUUCUAAGUCCCCCGAAAUGGUACAGAAUGAAAAGCUACAGAGGCGUUUGAACAAAAGGAUCUCCUCAGUUGUUCCAUGGCAGCUUCCCCGGGGUCCUGGGCAUAGGAGGAGGGGAGCAUUUGCAGCUACAAGUGGCUCAUAGUCAUCCCACCUCUCAGUAGUCUUUUGCAGAAAUACAACUCAGAGCUACAGUGAAACGGAAGAACGACUUGGCCCGGGAUGGCUAGAGAAUCAAGGGAAAGCACAACCCUGGACUCGCACUCUGCAGAGGACCAGAUGGAGUUACUGGUCAUAAAGGUGGAACAGGAAGAGGCCUCCCCCUUGGCAGAGGAGGCCAGUUGGCUGGGCAGCCCUGGGCCCGACCGCUCCCGCCAGCGCUUCCGCGCUUUCCGCUACCCCGAGGCCGCUGGGCCCCGGCAGGCGCUGAGCCGGCUCCGGGAGCUCUGCAGACAGUGGCUGCGGCCAGAUAUGCACAGCAAGGAGCAGAUCCUGGAGCUGCUGGUGCUGGAGCAGUUCCUGACCAUCCUGCCAGGGGAGCUGCAGGCCUGGGUGCGCGAGCAGCACCCCGACAGCGGGGAGGAGGUGGUGGCGCUGCUGGAGUACUUGGAGAGGCAGCUGGACGAGACACCUCCACAGGUUCCAGAUGAUGACGAUGGGCAGGAACUCCUUUGUUCCAAGGCGGUACUGUUGACAUCAGCUCAGGGCUCAGAAAGUAGCCAGAUGGAGCCCAUGGAGCCUCUACUUAAGCAGGAGUCUUUGGGAUCCCUGUCCUCAGAAGUCAGAGUCACCCAGGGGGGCCACUGUGGAGAAGAUGGAGUGACAGCUCCCAGGCUCACUUCAGAGUUGCAGGGGUUGCUGAAAAUGGAAGAUGUAGCCCCAGCCCUUUCCCCCAGAUGGACAGAGCAGGAUCCAUGUCAGAUGAACCUCUACAAAGACGAAAUGCAGGAGAACUCCGGCAGCCUGGUUUCCCUAGAUCAGGAGAUGCAGACUAAGAUUAGGGACUUACCUCCAGCUGAGGACUACACAGAACAAAAGCCUGAGCAGACACUGUGCUACUUGGGUGAAGAGACUGUUCAGAUUCCUGCAGGUGCAGAAGCCAGUGAGCAGGAAGGCAAGUCACAGACAACACAGAAAAGUGCCACCGGAAACAGGCGGUUCUAUUGCCGUGAAUGUGGAAAGAGUUUUGCUCAGAGUUCAGGCCUAAGUAAACACAAAAGAAUCCACACUGGAUUGAAGCCCUAUGAAUGUGAGGAGUGUGGCAAAGCCUUCAUUGGAAGCUCAGCUCUCAUCAUUCAUCAGCGAGUUCACACUGGCGAGAAGCCAUAUGAGUGUGAAGAAUGUGGCAAGGCCUUCAGUCACAGCUCAGACCUCAUCAAGCACCAGAGAACCCACACUGGGGAGAAGCCCUACGAGUGUGAUGACUGUGGGAAAACCUUCACCCAGAGCUGCAGCCUCCUUGAACAUCACAGAAUCCACACUGGAGAGAAGCCAUACCAGUGCAAUAUGUGUCCCAAAGCCUUUAGGCGUAGCUCCCAUCUCCUGAGACAUCAGAGGACCCAUACUGGGGAUAAAGACUUUUUUGUUCCAGAACCUUACUGGGAAAGUCAGAGUAGGGUGGAAAGCCAUUGGGAAAAUAUUGAAACUCCUGUGUCUUAUCAAUGCAAUGAUUGUGAGAGAAGUUUCAGUAGGAUUACAAGCCUUAUUGAACACCAGAAAGUGCACACUGGUGAGAAACCCUUUGAGUGCAAAACAUGUGGAAAAGGCUUCACCCGACCUUCCUACCUCAUUCAGCAUCAGAGAAGACACACAGGGAAGAAAACUUCCGUCACAGUCACCCCUGCUGUACAUUCCGAAGUUGGUGUUCAACUCUCAUUGAACUGAAGCCCCAUGAGCCCCUAUUGACUGCAGAAGUCACAGGCUAGGGCUCUAUUAAUAAUGCCCAUCCUCAGAUGUUAGGGAUCUGGCUGAGACUCAUUAUCUUCUACAUGCUAGGAGGUAACUAGAGAAAAACAAAAAAUCUUAUUUCAUAGGCGGUUAUGAGAAAGAGUUGUCUGCAAGAGUUCUCACCCAUGGAAUCAAAUGGGCUUCCUGACUGGCAAAUUGCCUUCCCUUGGCCUGCAUCUCAGGUCUCCUGAGGGAUGCUUAUGCUUUGGGGGCGUUACUCUGACCCUUUGUUAGGCUAAUGAGCCCUUCAUAAGUGGUCAGACUUGGAAAUCUUACGUCCUGCUUUGUGCCUUGUAUACAGGUGCUAAUUAAUAAACAUUUAUUAAAUAUACUGGUGAGAUUUCCUACAUAGCUCUGAAAACCCAUUAUUAUCUGGAAAUUUUCACCAAGGCCAUUUGUAUAUCUUUUAAAAAAAAUGUUUUAGAUUGAGUCAAUGUAGUACUGCUUUGUUUUUGUUUUUGAUUUUUGCCAAGUACCCUGACUUGGCAGGGGAGGGGUUAAGGUGAGGUUAUUGUGCUAGAAUCCUUUAAUUCUUUACCUAAUUUGGAAUUCUGUGAGAGUGCCUUAAACAGCUUCCUUAGCAUUAAGUCAUUGUGAAUGUGCCACCCAUGGAAUUCCACUAAUAUUUUUUUUCUGUUCAUUUUGUUACUAGUGGGAGAAAAAACCAAACAAACAAAACUCCUUUCCUACUCAUGUAGUGUGAAAAGCAGUUUCAGAAUAAAGUGAUCAAUGUCUAA